AUGGCCCUCGCCUUACGGUCUGCCGCCCCUUUGAAACCUGAAAUCAGGCUGGCUCAAGCGCUCUCAGAAUUUGAAGCCAUGCUCGACGAUGACGAUAAAAAAACGUUCCGAACUUGGCGUGGCGGAAGCCCUCCCGCAGUUUCCGAUGUCAUGAAGCUCACAGCCGAGAUUGACAGGAACAACAGCCGCCGCAUGAGCCGUCGCUGCUUUGGCCCUCGCCUGACUUCCAUUCUGGGAGCCGUACAGCAGUUCUCAAGCGCUCUCGAUGUCAUCGUAGGCGGCACCCAGUCUCCAAUUGCGACUUCCAUCUGGGGCGUGCUGCGGAUGACCUUGCAGAUCACCGUCCAAUUUGCAUCCUAUUUCGAUAACCUGUCAGCCUUGUUUAUGCGCAUCGGACGCUCAUGCCCCCGCUAUGAGCAAUAUGGUGUCAUGUAUCCCAAGUCUCCCAGGCUACAAGACGCCAUCUAUGAUUAUUUUCGCACAGUUGUCCAAGUCUGCCAAAAGGCUGUUCUCUUGAUCAGAAAAGGCACGUUUGCCCAACUAUCAGCCGCGCUUCUGAACCCAUUUCAGUCCGAGUUCGGACCUCUCGAGCUCAAUCUCUCGACCAUCGCAGAUACUGUUCGCGAAGAGGCUUCGCUGGCAUUCAAACAGGAACUGGCCCUUGAAAAAAAGGAAGCCUUCAGUUUUCGUGAAUGGUCAUUGUCAAAGAUGUCAAUGAAGAUUGAAGAAGCCAAGAGAUUCAGGGCCCAAAAGGCGAAAUUUCAAUUUCUCAAUUCAUGCUCUACUUACAAUCACCAGACGGCAUGGAAGCGAGCGCGGAAGGCGGGUGAAAGCUCCUAUGUCUUCGGCCAAGCAGCCUAUACGUAUUGGAUUCAGUCUACAGCGUCGAGUGUACUGUGGAUCACUGGGAUACUCGGGUCAGGGAAGACGGUCCUUACAGCCAGCGUGGUGCAGGAAGUCAGCAUCAGAUUCCCAGAUGCUCUUGUCUGCUAUUUCUUUUGUAGCCACGACGACGCGGAAUCGCUCAAGGCCGAGACCAUAAUUGGCUGCCUCGCAAGGCAGCUUCUGAGUUUACUCAACCCGGACGUCUUUGGCAGCGUCGAUACGAUCGGGCCGGGCGCACUCGACACUGAUGAGAUCGUCGCUUCCACGCUCAGAAUGCUUCCUCAAAACGAACAAAUCUUUGUCGUUGUCGACGGUCUCGAUGAAUGCAAUGAGAUUGAACUGGACAUCCUAUUUGAGUACCUCGGCAGGCUUCUCAAAUCAGAUCACCACUUCCACAUCUUCUGCUCUAGUCGUACUGACUUACAUACAAGAUAUGGGACUGCUCUACAACCUCACCACCAUUUACCAUUACCGGUGCAGAACCCUGAAAUCGCUCAAUAUAUCGAACAUGCUUUGGAAGACCGUCUGGAAACAGGCGACCUGUGCUUAGGAGAUCCAGACAUAAUAUUGGCCAUCAGGCAUGCUCUCUUAGAAGGAAGCCAUGGGAUGUUUCUAUGGGUCGUCUUUCAACUGGAAUCCAUCUGUGCUGCGCUCACCGAUGAGGGGAUUCUGAAAGCGCUCGAAUCUUUGCCGAGAGAUCUGCCCGAAACUUUCGAUCGUGUCCUGCAGAAACUGUCAGGACAAAGGACGACAAAUCCAGCCACAUGCCAAAAGAUCUUUGCGAUUGUCGCUGCGGCUCAGCAGCCACUGACUUUGGAUGAACUUCGCGAGGCGAUGGGCGUCGAACCAGGAGAUACGCAGUGGAAUCCACGAAAGCUAAUCAAUGACAUUCGGAUGGCGGUCAACGGGUGCGGAAGUCUUCUGCUCAUCGAUGAGGAGGACUCUGCCGUCCGGUUUAGCCAUCACAGCGUCAAACAGUAUAUCAUUUCUAGUCCACGGGACGCAUCUACUCGUCAGUUCCACGUGGAAUUAUCAGAGGCAGAUCUGAGUCUAGGUGAAAUCUGUGUCACCUACUUGAACUUCGAUGUCUUCAACACCACACUUACCAAGAUGAGCGAUCGCGCAGCGUUACAGCCACAAGACAUAACCACCUCCGUUGUUGAAAGAACGCUCCCGCAGGGUGCAGUCAGCAAAAUUGCGUUGAAACUCUUGAAAAAAAAGGGAGCAAGAGACUUUAAUCUGGAAGCUCGUAUCAGAGAGAUGGUACCACAGGAACGAAGACAAGCAGAUUAUGCAUUCUUGUCCUACGCAAAGACAUUUUGGUUAUUCCACACUCGAAAAUUCGGAAGAGGAAGGCAGGUCACUUACAAACUGUGGCUUGGUCUGGUGUCGAACAGUGUCAAGGUUGUUACAUUUCCUUGGGAUCCUGAAUCCUGGUUUGGACAAGAAGAAAAUGUCUUAGAAUGGGCUUUGAAAAAUGAUCAUGAAGCUCUCGUCCGUGAGACAACCUCAAAAAUCGCCAAGUCAGAUGCAGGCAUAGAACAUCGCGGACGCACCAUGGAGCUAUUGGAGAAAUUUCUUGACGACGAAGCCAUGUUCUCACAGUUGGUUGAGAGUGGGCUAAGUGUUAAUCAGAGAAAUUCCGAUGGACAUACGGUUCUGAUGAAGGCCGUCCACAAUGGGCAGACGCAAACCGUAAAGAUGUUGUUGGAACGGAAAGACCUUGAGGUCAACGCUGGAGAUAACAUGUCGGACACAGCAUUAGGCCACGCCGUGGUCCAGGAUAAUGAGGAAAUGGUGAAAUUUCUUCUCACACGCCCAGAUAUCGACGUCAAUUGUGAAGAUGACGGAGGCUGGACAGCUGUCAGAUAUGCAGUGUAUUAUGGACACAUGAACAUCGCCAAUAUCUUACUGGAUCAUGGUGCUCUGGACCUGAAGAGCAUGGAUAAGCGUGGGCAGACUCUAUUGCAUUGGACGGCUAGGUACCUGAAUGAGGGACACGCAGUUCCGCUUCUUUUACGAAGGGGCCUCGACAGCGACGAGCUACCCGAUCAAGGCUACUUGCCUCGAAAGACUACAACAGAGUAUCAGCGGAUGAGGAACGCUUUCGAGCGCUUACUCGAAAGAGACGAUGUUGACGUGAAUAUACCAGACAAGCACGGAAGGACCGUAUUACACCUUCUUCUCCUUCAAUGGGACUGGUACUUUAUCACGGAACCGAUCGAUCUACUGCUUGCAAAGAAGGACAUCCAACUCAACACGAGAGAUAACUUUGAUCAUACCCCUCUACAGGAUGCCAUAGAGUGGUGUGAGGAAGGGAUAGUGGAGCGCUUACUUCUUCGAGACGAUCUGGACGUGAACAUGAGAUUCAGCGAUGGGAACACUGCGUUGCACUACGCUGCACGCAACAGAGACACGAAAUGGACAGAGCUAUUGCUCAAACGGGAUGAUGUCGACACGGAGAUGUCAGACACCGUGGGUCGGAAGGCACUGGAGAUUGCCAUUCAGUUCCGGAAUGAGGAGUUUGUUCGGCUGCUGAAUGAUCGGCGUAAGAAGUCGGCCUUCACUUUCGACAGUCUGCAUGGCACCCAAAAUGGGGAAGUUGUUUUCGAGGGUCGUCCGCCGUUGAGCACAAGACGACACAGGCAUUCUUCGUUCUAG